UCUAUGCAAACACUGGCCGAAUGAUCUUGGUAACAAUUGUAAGUGAUUAAUUUAAAAAAAGAGUCUUAAAGAAUAGUUUAUUCUUAACCUUGACACAAAAAGAAGCUUUGGGGAAGGAAAGGUUGCAUUUUUGUUUUAAAAUGGAUUUUGAAGCUGAUAAAAUUGAAUUAGGUGACAAAAAAUCUUACGCGGGUAUUCCAGAAGCUGAAUUUGUUGAAGAUGUUGAUUCUUAUAUGGCAAGAUCCGAAAACAACGGAAAUAUUGAAGAAGUGUUAAAGAGAUUAGAUAAUCAGCAUGCAAAAUAUAAAUUUAUGGAGUACAAUUUGCUGUCAAAAAAGAAGCGCCUGCAAAACCAGAUUCCUGAAUUAAAACGGUCAUUAACAAUGAUUGAAAAACUGAAGAAACAAAAAGAGGAAUUCAAAACUCAGUUUCUUCUAAGUGAACAAGUUUUUGCCAAAGCACAGGUUAUGCCUACUGACAAAGUGUGUCUUUGGUUAGGAGCAAAUGUUAUGUUGGAAUAUAGUUUAGAUGAUGCGAAAAAACUUCUAACACAGAAUAUUGCAGCAGCUGAAAGAAACUUAGGUUAUGCGGAUCAUGAUUUGGAUUUUCUAAGGGAUCAAUUUACCACCACUGAAGUCAACAUGGCAAGGGUAUAUAACUGGGAUGUUAAGAGACGUCAGUCAGCUCAAGUUACAACUGCAAAAUGAUUAUGAACUUCUAAAGUACAUCAAUUUCAUUUAAGGCAUCUUGAAGUAUGUGCUUUUCAUUUGAAUUUUAACACUUGCCUAACAAUCAACCUUUGGUUUUCUGAAUAAAAGAUUUAUUUAUUCAUUAUUUUAAUGUAAUCAACGGCUAUUUUGUUAUUAAAUUUUGUGAAUCAAUAAAUUUCAAAGUAUUGUAAUUGAUUAUUGGACUGCUCAAAUUGUGCCAUGUUCUAUUAAUAAGUUAUCACAAUAGGAUAAGGUCUUGGGAAAUAUAGGUACAUACAAAUAAUAGUU